AUGUCUGAUAGUGAAGGAUCCAAAGCAGUAUCCACUUCUCAGAACGCCUCAUCGACGGAUCCUAAAGACCAAGGUCAAGAAACAAAGAUGUUAUUUGGAACGAAAUUAGAGCAUGAAAUUUAUACACCAUGGAAGGACUACUACAUCAACUACAACCAAUUGAAGAAACUAUUGAAGGAAGGGGUGAUUUUGAAGAACAAUUGGACCGAUAAGGAUGAACAAAACUUUGUCAGCGCAUUGGAUGAGAAUCUUGAAAAAGUCUUUGGCUUUCAGCAUGAGAAGUUUGACGAGUUGAGCGAAGAGUUGAACAAGUUGCAAACACAAACUGAAGUGGCUGACAGUUUUAAUGUUGAGGCAUUCUCGAAGAAAUUGGACGACUUGUUGAGCGAGGCGCAGAACUUGGAGCAUUUCCAGAGAUUAAACUAUACUGGGUUUAUCAAGAUUGUGAAAAAGCACGAUAGAAUCCACCCAGAAUACUCUGUCAAGCCAUUGUUGAAUGUGAGAUUAAAGAACUUGCCAUUCCACUCGGAAGACUACUCUCCAUUGUUGUACAAGAUUGGUACCUUGUUUCAAUACUUGAGAGACAACUAUGAAGUGAAUCAAUCAUUAUCGAAGUUGUCAUCUUUCAACGAUGGUGCUUUAAGUGGAGAAUUCCAAUCUUUUAAGUUUUGGAUCCACCCUGAUAACUUGAUGGAAGUCAAGACCACUAUUUUGAGACAUUUGCCUGUUUUGAUUUACGACUCGAGCAACAAGGACGAUGAGGAUGACGAUGAUGACAAUGGGGACGACGAGGAAGGUGACCACAAAGUUACCCAGACUGACCAAACCGUCAAUUGCUUAUAUUUCGAUAACGAGCACUUUGACCUUUACAACAACAAAUUGACCAAAUUGAACAACUCAGCCACGUUGCGUAUAAGAUGGAUUGGGAAAUUGAGCGACAAGCCGAAAAUCACCAUGGAAAAGAAGCAAUUUGAUGUCAACUCCAAUUUCCAUGUCGACGACAAGAUUGAGUUGAGACAGAAAUACAUAAACAAAUUUGUCAUUAAAAAGGAAGUUCCCGAGAAAUUUACAAAGAUCAAUGAUGAAGCCACCGUGAAUAAUUUGUUGAAGUUUAUUGAAGAAAACAACUUGCAACCAAUAUUGAGAACCACUUAUAAGAGAACUGCAUUUCAAAUUCCAGGAGACGACAAGAUCAGAAUCGUUAUUGAUUCAGAUUUGAAUUUCAUCAGAGAGGACUCGUUUGAUUCGCAAUUACCAAUCAGAGACCCAAGUCAAUGGCACCGUUUGGACAUUGACAAGGCCAAGGAUGCACAAAAGUUUUUGAGAAAGGGAGAAUAUAACAAGUUUCCCUUUUCAACCAUGGAGAUUAAGAUUAAAAAAUCUUCAGUUAAAAAUUUCAAAAAGUUGCAAUGGAUCAACGAGUUGAUUAAUAAUUCUUACUUGGUCAAGGAGAUUCCUAAUUUCUCCAAGUUCAUCCACGGUGUGGCAAUCUUAUUCUUGGAGGACGACAAGUUGGACAACAUUCCAAUGUGGUUCAACGAAUUGGAAGGUGACAUUAAUGACGAUUUGCCCAAGUUCCCGGCCAAGAUCAACAAUGAUGGAAUCACCACAUUGAGCAAUGACGAUAACUUGUCCAAGUUCAAGUCAAUGUUGUUGAAAAAUAAUGCCUCUAAUUUCCAACCUAGAUCGGCUUCGUUUUCAGGUAGCUUGCUUUACAAAGGUGCCGGAGAAGGAGAUGAAGACGACGAUGAUGAUGAUGACGACGAUUCGUUUGAUGGAAGUAAAAAGAUUGUCACCAUCCAAGAAGAGCAAGACAAGCCAGCCAAUGGUCAUGGUAAUGGUUCGUCAUUGCAAAACCAGCAACAUCAGCAGCAGAUCAACCUCACCACUGACGACCAAUCGUCUGAUUUUGAUGACGAUGACGACGACGACUUGCGCAAGCCUUCUGCACUUCGUAAAUUGAUCAACUUGCCCAAUGAGUUCUCCAAGCUCAUUGAUGUUGAUUCCGAGGACGAAGAGAUUGAGUUGCCUCCCGGAGUUGUUAAGCCAGAGCAGUGGAUCAAAAACAUGGGUCCCAUCAGGAUUGAACCCAAAGUUUGGUUAGCCAAUGAGCGUACAUUCAAUAGAUGGUUGCAUGUCACCGUCUUGUUAUCUUCUUUAACAUUUAUCAUUUACAACUCAACCAAAGAUUCAAACUUUCAACAACUAAGUUUAUACUUGGCGUGGUUUUACUUUUUAUUGACCGUGUUCAGCUGUAUAUGGGGUUACUUCAUUUACAUGACCAGAAGAGGAAUCAUCUUGGAGAGAAGUAGUAAGCAUUUGGAUAACUCCAUUGGGCCCUUGGUCGUUGCAUUUGGAUUGAUCAUUGCAUUGAUUCUCAACUUUAUCUUUGGUUGGAAGAACUUAAAGUUGGACACAAACGCUGACUUCUAUGUUAGAAAUCCCAUGCACAAGAAAGUGCAUGAAUUUGUCAUUAGCAUGGUGAAUUGA